AUGGCGACUCAAUACUCGAUGCACAGGUCGACGACGUCGACCACCUACUCCCAAGGUACGCGACGACGAACGGGUCCAUCUGAUCUUGGUCCUUCUAGAUCCGUUUUUGUCGGCUCACACUAGAAGGGUCCGGGCUGCGCAAUAGUUCACUUUAUGAGAAGUUUCGAGAAGUUGUACUCUUUGUGUACUCUUUAGAAAUAUGAUUAACUGACAACUGUCUAGAAUGGAAAGUAUAAAUGUAUUCUGAACAGAAUUGAAAUUUCAUACCUGAAACAGAUAUUAUUAGUUGCAAACCACUAGAAAAACGCAAGUAUUUUUGAGAAUACAAGUGUCUAACCUAAAAGUUUUAUCACAUAACUCUGCAACAGUACAAUCUAGUUCGGAAGCAUCCGAAACUAUUCACUUUCAGUGGGAUCGGCGACCCAUGCCGCUGAGGAGUUUGUCGCCUCGGCCGAGCGCGAGAAGCAGGAGAUGCAGCAGCUGAACGUGCGGCUCGAGGCCUACAUCAGCCGGGUCCGUCAGCUCGAGGACCGCAACAAGGAGCUCGUCGUCGAGUUGGACUCUCUGCGCGGAUCGCUGGGCACCGACAUCGGACAGAUCAAGGUAUUCUGGCUUCUGAUCUCACGUGUUGACGACUCGUUUUCCGCCCCCCUUAUCUCUCUCGUUUCCCCGUCUAAAUUCCUUGCGCCUUGGUUUGCCCGCUUUGUUUGAGAGAACCACUGAUAUCACUGAUAAGCGCGCCCUCCUCCGACAGUAAAUGCAACAGAGUUUUUAAGUUCAAAUUCAACGACAAUCUCGUGAAAGCUCGGCGCGAUAUCAGUGACGCACACGCCGGAACCAUCGGGUUGAGGUGAAGGUGAACAGGCUGCGAGACGAUCUGAAUGACUACAGACACAGGUGAGAACACUCGAUCGAUUCUCAAGGCAACGUCAUCAUUUCCCUUUCAGAUACGAAGAGGCUCGCCGUGAGGUGGAACGCGAGAAGACCACGUGGGGAGGAGCGAUCUCUCAGGCUCAGGCCGAACUCGACAACAACAAGUCCCGGUACGCGGCCAUCUUGGACGAGGAGCGACGACUUUACGCCGAGCAGGACGGCCUCUACGGACAGCUCUCGCAGGCCAAGGACGAGCUCGACGCGGCGAUCGCCGACCGGCUCCGGCUUCAGGCCGAGGAGGACGAUCUCAAGAUCGAGCUCGAGUUCCUCGGAAGAAUCCACGCGCAGGAGAUCACCGAACUGCGCGCACUGCUCACUCAGGCGCCCGCCGACACGCGAGAGUUCUUCAAGAACGAGUUGGCGUUGGCGAUCCGAGAGAUCAAGGCCGAGUACGACAAGAUCAUCCAGACGACGAAGGUGGACCUGGAGACCAUCUUCCAGACGAAGGUGGCCGCUGUCGAGGCGUCGGUCGCCUCGAAGAACGAGGCGGCGACGUUCCGACAGGAGGAGAUCCGCAAGAUGAACGAGAGCAUCACGACGUUGAGGGCGAAGCUCUCGGAGCUCGAAGCCCGCAACGCCGCACUCGAACGCGAGGCGAACGCCCUUCAAAUCCAACUCGGAGAGGACCAGAGAGCCUACGAAGCGGAGCUCAUCAAGCGAGAUAAUGCUCUUCGCUUCAUGCGAGAGGACUGCCAGACUCUGAUCGCCGAGCUCCAGGCGCUGCUCAACACCAAACAGACCCUCGACACCGAGAUCGCCAUCUACAGAAAGCUGGUCGAGUCGGAGGAGGGAAGGUGAGCACGGAGGGGUACUGUAGGCGACGAGAUUACUGUAGAUGACUGUGAAGUACUCUCAAUAUUUUCACAGAUUUACCCACAUCGGACAAGGGUUGUUCUUCGUCAGGAUACUACGCAAAGGUUCGGCCUCCGAUAGCUGCUCGCCUUUUUUUUUCUUUUUUUGCUUCUUUAGCUUUUUUGUCUUCACUUAGAGCAUAGGCUACUGUAGUUUUGGAUUACUGUAAGGGUUACAGAAGUCAAGAAUCGUCUUCUCUUUCUUCCAUUCAAGUUUCCGACGAACGGUACUGUAGCUAGAUUAGAUUCGGGCCAAUAUUGUUGAUCUUUUCAGAGUUUCCCAUCCACAAGGCACUUUGAGGUACUUACCGUAGUCCUAGUAGUUAUCUCAAAGAGUUCUUUUCUAGACCUGGCCGAGGUACGACAAUCUUUGUGCCAGAUGAGAGGUCAGGGUUACUGUAGGGGUUACUGUAGGCUGGGGGCUUCGCUCUCACAUGCACUCGCCUACUUGCACACACUUUACAGCCUGCUGCUUUUCAGAUUUUUCGAAUUUUCGCUUCACACACAUUCCCUUUGCUCCCUGUUUUCAAUCGAUGGGCUCUUUCAGAUUGGUGCCAGCCGAGAAGGAUCACUGGACCAGGGAGAAGUGAAAACUCGCGUGACGUUCAAAGACACGCCAAGGGAAACGUGAGCAUCGUUGAGUGCGAUCCCACCGGAAAGUACAUCAUUCUCGAGAACACGAGCGGCGCGGUGGUAGGCCUGAACAGUCGGAGAAGCGGAAAAUAAUGGGAAUUCCAAUGAUUUUAUAGGCGGAGGAUGUGAGCAACUUCGAGAUUCGUCGUGUCAUCGACGGAGUUGAGUCGUUCACCUACCGAAUCCCGCACAUUACCAUCCAACCGCACGGACAUCUUAAGGUACGACGACUUUCGACGGUCCCUAGAAAGCCAAGCACUUUAUUUUACUAGUUGACAGCCAAACAAGUUUGCACUGAAAUUCGUGAGCUUAGGAGUGAGGUUACAAGAAAGUUCGAGGUGUCAACACUUCACAAAACCAUUUUCAGAGCUUUAAGAAGCAUUAGAGCCGCACUGAAAGUUGAAAUAUUGUAGGUGUACGGUCGUAACGGCGGCGGAAUCCACUCGCCGCCAGACUCGAUCGUCAUGGACUCGCAUUCAUCGUGGGGACACGGCACCCAUGUGCAGACGUUCCUGUACAACACUCAAGGUGUCGAGAAGGCAUCGCACAUCCAGACGACCUCCACCUAG